GGCCGGGCCCCUGCUGCUUAGGCGGGCCCGGCGCUUCAUGGGACAACGGCGCUGCGUUCGCUGAGGCGCCGCCCUCUCCCGCUGGGCUCGGAAGCCGCGGCCGUCGCCUCCUUCGCCGGCCAUUUGCUCCAUGGCGGGCUUGGUUCCCCGCCUGCCCUCGUUGCCGCAGCUAUGGCGGCGCCGGCAGUGGUGCUCCUGGGCUCCCGCGGCUUCCCUCGGCAGGGGGUGGGCCGCCUGCAGCUCAGCGAGCAACAGGUGCCGGCGGCAGCCUUCUCCUCCCGGCGUUUUCCGCCUUGGCCCGGCAGCUACCCACGCUGUCACCGCAUCCUCUUGGGCAGCCACGGCUGGGAGCUCGCGGAAGAAGGCGGGCGAGCCCACGGGGGCGGCAGCAGCACUUUCCCUGGCUCCUGGGCCCGGAGGAGGAGGAGGAGGAGGAGGAGGAGGAUCUGACGCCAAGCGGCUGCUGGCCCUGGCGCAUCCCGAGCGCUGGAGAUUGACAGCUGCUGUUGGUUUUCUGACCAUCUCCAGUGUCAUCACUAUGUCUGCCCCUUUUUUCUUGGGGAAGGUUAUUGAUGUCAUUUACACAAACCCCUCUGGUGAUUUCACUGACAACCUAUCCAACCUCUGUGCCUUGCUAAGUGGAAUAUUCUUCUGUGGUGCUGCCGCCAAUGCAACCCGUGUCUACCUCAUGCAGACUGCAGGACAACGAAUUGUGAAUCGACUGAGAACAACAAUGUUUUCAUCUCUUUUGAAACAAGAAGUAGCUUUUUUUGACAAAACCAGCACUGGAGAACUGAUCAAUCGCUUAUCUUCUGAUACUGCUCUUUUGGGCCGUUCAGUCACUGAAAACCUUUCUGAUGGGCUAAGAGCUGUGGCUCAGGUUUCAGUUGGGAUUGGGAUGAUGUUUUUCGUUUCUCCCAAACUUGCUUGGUUUGUUCUGAGUGUGGUGCCACCUCUGGCUGUCAUAGCUGUGAUUUAUGGAAGAUAUUUACGAAAACUGACUAGAAUGACACAGGAUUCCCUUGCGGAAGCAACACAGUUAGCAGAAGAACGGAUUGGAAAUUUGCGAACAGUUCGAGCUUUCGGGCAAGAAUUAAAUGAAAUGGAGAAAUAUAGGAGCAAAGUUGAUUAUGUACUGCAGUUGGCCAAAAAAGAAGCAAUAGCUCGAGCAGGAUUCUUUGGAGCAACUGGGCUAUCUGGCAACUUGAUUGUGCUCACUGUUCUGUACAAAGGAGGAUUGCUGAUGGGCAGUGCACACAUGACUAUUGGUGAACUAUCCUCUUUUUUAAUGUACGCCUUCUGGGUUGGCAUAAGCAUUGGAGGCUUAAGCUCUUUCUAUUCAGAGCUAAUGAAAGGAUUAGGUGCAGGAGGACGUUUGUGGGAACUUAUUGAUAGAAAGCCAGAACUUCCUUUUAAUGAGGGAAUAGUAUUAAACCAGGAUACUUUCAGAGGUGCACUGGAGUUUAGAAACAUUCAGUUUGCAUAUCCAACUCGUGCAGAAGCUUUAGUUUUCCAGGACUUUACCCUUACAAUCCCAGCAGGCUCUGUCAUGGCAUUGGUUGGCCCAAGUGGCUCUGGCAAGUCAACGGUUGUAUCUCUCCUGCUUAGGCUUUAUGAUCCAGUCUCAGGAGUUAUUACUGUUGAUGGUGUUGACAUUCGUCAGCUAAAUCCUCUGUGGUUCAGGACUAAAAUUGGAACUGUAAGUCAGGAACCCAUUCUGUUCUCCUGCUCCAUUGCUGAAAACAUUGCUUAUGGUGCAGAGGACCCUUCUCUGGUAACGACCAAAGAAAUUGAGAGAGUUGCUGAAAUAGCAAAUGCUGCUAAUUUUAUCCAGAAUUUCCCCAGAGGAUUCCACACUUUAGUUGGGGAGAAAGGUGUUCUUCUCUCAGGUGGACAGAAACAGAGAAUUGCAAUUGCUCGAGCUCUUCUCAAGAAUCCAAAAAUUCUUCUUCUUGAUGAAGCAACAAGUGCUUUGGAUGCUGAAAAUGAAUACCUUGUCCAGGAGGCAUUAGAUCGACUUAUGGAAGGGAGGACUGUCCUCAUUAUUGCUCAUCGUCUUUCCACCAUUCAGAACGCAGAUUGUGUUGCAGUUCUUGACCAAGGCAGAAUUAUUGAGUGUGGAAAGCAUGAAACACUGCUUGCAAAUCCAAAUGGACUUUUCAGCAAAUUAAUGAAGAAACAGUCUUUUGUCCAGAAUAGUGAAAAUGUUAUGAUAAAUGUAAAAUCUUGAAAGAGAGCUUUUUGUAGCCACAAUAGAAUGUAAAGAAUAGAAAUGUAAAACAGGAAAAAAUUAAUUUAUGUUUCAAGUUAUGCACAAUAUAUAAUAUAUAUUUUCCCCCAAGAAUUUCAAAACUUGGCUGUGCUAACCUUUUUAUUCAGAGUUUUAAAUAAUUGUAUGUGUAUGAGAAUAUCCAUCACUGAACUGCUCUCAGACUGUAAAUAUUUUUCUAAUUUUUUUUUUUGGGGGGGGUCAUGGAUAUGGUAUGAGUGUCUACCUGUUUUUUUUUUUAAAACCUUAGCUAAAACAUAGCUAUUUUGAGACUGCAUUAAAAUCACAUACUGUCCUGGAAUCCCUUCUGAAAAGUGUGAUUAGAAUUAAAAUUAGUGAGGAGUUUUGAAACUUAAGCUGCAGAACAUGGGACCCAAUCCUGUGCAGUGUUAAAAGAUGGAGCUUUGCUCAGUGGGAGGUACAUGGUUUGCAUGGAAAAGUCCCAGUUUCAGUCCCUGGCAUUUCCAUUUGAAAGGGAUUUCAGACCUCCGUAUGACUAGCCACAUCCAGCUGAGUUAUAUAGUACUGCACUAGAUGGACCAGUGGUCUGACGUGGUGUAAUGCAGUUUUUUGGAAUAUAUACAGAUCCUGAAAUGUCCCAUUUAAAUCAUAAGACUUAUAGGCAAGUGUGUAUGAGAUUGCAGUUUUAGUAAUUUCAAAGCACUUUCUAACAAACUAAGCCUGGAGACAGAUAUCCUCUAAUGUAAAAUAUGCUUAAACAAGAUUAUGGAUAGAGGUGGGUUAACUACUGGAAUACUUUGAGGGAUAAUAUCUUAGAUUAGUUGGCUCAGUGCAGAGAACAAAAUUAUUCCUUUAUGCUUUUCUAGUAUUAUUAAGCAGUCUAAAACUUGGAUAGCCUUUCUUCUGCUUUCUAUCGCAAAGGGAAACAAGUAGUUGUCUAUUGUUCUCCUUUAAAAUGGAGGCUCUUUUAACUUUCCAUCAAGUCAAAUUAUAUUACAUGGCACUGCAGUUUAAUUUAACGGAAAAUGCUUUUGUCAAAACCACAACUUCCCUGGUAGAGUUUAAAUUAAAAGUUUUUAAAGUAAGACAUUUGACCAAAAUUGUGAAGAUAGCUGAAUGCAAGUCCCACUGAAGCUGUGUAGGUUCUGUUGCCAAAUAUGGUUAUUUGGAAUUGCCACCUUCCUGAUCAGUUGUAUUUUAAUACUUGAACAUUUCGUCAAUUUUAAAAGGCUGGAUUUUAAUUUUUUGUUUACACUUCUGAUGUUGUAAAAUAGUUUUAUUUACAUAUUUAUAAAACAAGCAUACAAGCUGGUUUCCAAGACUCGUCUAUAUUGCACACUGUAGCUUAUGUUGCAAACAUGUAGUUUUCAGUGCUGCUAUAUUUCACCAUCUUGUCUUUUAAUUGUUGCUGUUACAGGGUG